CGCCACAUGGCGGCAAACCAUAUGCCGUUGGUUUCAUGCAGCUUCGGCUAACCACUUUCUUUUAAAUCCUUGGUUCAAGUUAUGUGAAGCACCCCGUAUACAGCUUCGAAAUUGCCACGCGGUGAGUUCGUGUUUCGCCGGUCUUAUUCGCGGGCUUCCCGAAAUAAAGCAUUUGAUUGUGCUCCGACCUGGCCUGGCUCUGACUGUUGGCUCAUUUAUGUGUCCUGCAUUGCGCUGUUAAAAUAUGCUGUUAAUCAUUAUUUGGGUGUUUCGUUCGGCAAUGUUAAAAUAUAUAUGUAAUUUGAGAACGGAGAUAUUAAUCUCUUUGUUAUUUAAGUUCCUGCAGCUCUGAAACCUCCAACACGUUUUGGUGUACGCGGCACUAUGAUUUAUGGAAGAAAAAUGAAGUUUAGUAAGACAAUAGUUGCUGAGUCAAAGAAGACUGCGAUAAUGAAGCACCUAAUGUGAAAUAUGUCUGCAUACAUUCGCGCCGUCAAAAAAUGGCAUUUCAAAAGGAUUAGAGCACUUGUUUCUCUUUAAAAUCAAUAAAGAGAGCUUUUGGUUCACCCCGACGCAAAACGGAGUACACGUAUCCUAUCCGCCGCGGUGCUCAGCUGAUGUGGCGUUCUGUUGUUGGUCUUUAGGGGUGUGAUCUUGUACGCGUUCCAAAAUCGAACGGAGGUGGUCCGUUUCUUAUGCCACGAAAUAGGCGGUCCGUUCUGUUGCGUUCGUCCGAUAACAGACGACACGGAAAGAUUGACAGCAGAUAUCACGUCACAAUAGACGUCAUGGCGUUCGUCACGGUUCAACUUGACCAAUCGUGUGCGGCUCGGUGGAACGGACCGCCUCCGUUCUAUACGUCACGACAUAGGCGGUCCGCAGUGUUCGCGAGAACGAGAGGAAGCAAACAGCCAAUGAGCGAAGUGGAAGCGUGCGUCACGCUUUUGACGUCUGCUUGGGGGCCGUAUAAUAUAUUGAGAAGCGUUUCUAACAUGUUGAGAAAUAUUUUGCUAUUAUGACUGAGUAGCAAAAUGUGUUGGUGUUGCUUUUCAAAGAUUCAAUUUGGAAUGCAAAACGACUAAAACAAAAUAUUGCGGUUAAUGUCUUCAAAUGGCGCUAGGUGGUGUCGCAGUUUUGCGAAAUGUUUAGUGAUGGCGCUAGCCACCACCCCGUUUCAAGCACACGGCGCGAAUUUUGAAGCGGUUGGUUCCGUCGUUCAGUCGAGCCAACGCCUCAUUUGGUCGAGCACUGGAAGUUGGUUCUUUAUUCUAUGGCCAUGGCGCUAAACAUGGCAGCACCGAAGGGGCCACGUGUGUCGGAGGCGCAGAGAGAGACGGUGGUCGGCUUCAUGGAGCGGCAUCCCCAGCUGGCUAUAAGAUCCAGCGAGCUGGGGCCGCGCUUCACUGUUGGCGACCGCCGACGGCUGUGGCAGCAGCUGGCCGACGCUCUGAACAGCGAAGGCCCUGUUGUCAAAAGUACUGAGCAGUGGCAGGAGUGGUGGUGCAAACAGGCUUUUGAGGCCCGCCGCGACGCUGCCGCAAUUGCCCAAGAACAAAGAAGCACAGGAGGGGGGCGGCUACACGGUUUUCGUGGCCGAGUCCUACAACUGACCGGGACGGUCCGCCUCCACGGCGUGACCGACCUCCCCUACCAAGAGCAGGCUGACGUCCCCACCUCCGCCAUGGAAGUCAUCGUCCAAGACGAGGCUGCGGGCGUGAGAAGCACAGCGACACCGGCAGAGGAUCCACCGCGCGGUGCGUCGCCUACCGAAAGGGUGGCCGCUGCACCUGUGUUGCAGCACCCUGUUCGGCCACCACGUUGGCAGCGACCGCGACGGGUGGAUACCUUGACGACGAUGUCAUCGCAGUGCGCCCGCAGCGUGGAACAGGGCGACGAGAUGCUGCAGGUGCUGCGAAGAAUCGAGGCCUCUAUCACGCGCCUCGCUGUCGCGGCAGAGCGGACAGCAGCAGCUCAAGAAGGGAUCUUGGAGCAGGUGCGCGCCAUAGCGCAAGACAUCGCUGCGCACCUGCAACAAGACAGAAAUUAAUUUAUCAUUUUUUCAAUAUCAUUUUAUUCAUUUGUUUCAUCAGUUCCGUUUGUUUUAUUUAUUUAUUGCUUGAGUUUUAGUGUCUUAAGUUUCCUUUAUAAGUAAUACAGGAGGAUUUUUUGGUUGAAAGGUGUAAUGCGUGCACCCAUUAUUUGUUCUGUAGUAUUUGCCUCUUUCUAUUUAUGCUUAUCUAGCUGCAAUGCCAGCGUGCUUUCUUUAUUUACACAUUUCGAAGGCGCCUAGUCAUUCACACUGGAAUCAUUACAAAUAGUUGUCGAUUUCUGUGUAUGGGUUUUGUACUGUGAUAUUUAUAUUGCUUCACUGUGUUGUAGCUUACUGCACUCAUUAUGAAGCGUUACCGCGUAGUGUUUGCACUGUGAUAUUUUCAUUUCGGCACAGUGAGGCUAAGGUGCAACAACUACACUGUGCUCUUUUUUCAGAGCACCAAACUAGUCACUCUUUAAGUUGCAUAGUUUCACAAAUGAAAAUGACCAUCAUCAUUGCACCACGCCAGUGAUUGGUUUCCUCUAGUCUUCGUUCCAAGGGAGUCAUUGCAAGAAUAACUUUCACGUGUGACACUUUCUGGGUGCUGUGAGAUUGUAGAGCCAAUUAUUCAUGUUUUAUGUAACAUGUUUCAUCACAGCUGGCAAGUGCACUCACCUUUUUACAAUUAUGAUUCACCUGUUGUUUAGCAUCGCACUACAAUUGCUGCCGAGAAAUGAAUGCUUCUAGUCAGUGACUCAUAACACUGACAAGGGAACGGACAUACCUGUGAAAGUCAUACUUUCUUGCAAGGUCACGUAAAUGUAACUGCAAGUUUUAUGUGCCGUCGUGAAAACGAAUUAUGUGAUGCUGAUGUUGCAAUGAUGUCACAUGCUUUGCUACCUGAAGCAUGCUGUACUACAAGGUUUGUGAUGUACUUGUCAUCAUAGAGUGUGAUAAAGUUGACCUAUCUAUUUUUUGCGCUUUUACGUUAAUUUACGUCUACCAUUCGGACAUGAUGUGACGAGUGUAAUGUUGUCACUACACUCAGCGUUACAUUUUGUUUGUGUUUGAAUCCGCAUUCAUUACGCUUUACUUGCUUGCCUCGCCUGCGUAUUCAUGCUUGCACAGAAGUUUUGAUACGCCUAGCACAAGAGAGGGCUAGCAAGCAUAUUGCUUCGUUCCUACCAAUGUACACUGAGCGUCCGAAUGCACAGGAUGCAGCGGUUGCGUUCAUUCUGGUGUGUUUUAUGAAAAUUUUGUGCACCUUUUGCUGAUGGUGACCAUGAGCACAGAGUGCCAAUCAUAUGUACUGCUUCCAUCGAGUCUGUCAUGACUAUGAUGGGUCAAGGGAUGUUUCCAUUUCAUAUUUCAUGUGAUAUUUAAAGAAAAGGCUGCACUUUCACGUUGCUACCAUGUUUCAUGUUGCACUAGGAAAGAAGUACUUUGUGCCAAUUUCCCAUUACUGUAACCAACAACUAUGGCAAAAGAAACACAUGUUUGGACAUGAGUAGAAAGUAACUGCUGCAUCUACAGAAAGUGGCAUAUCACAGGAUGCACACAACACAUACAAGCUGUUGUAGCGUCGUAUUUCUAAUGUUACAUGAGGAAAGAACCACUUUGCGAUGUGCAUAUUGCACAAAACAAUGCUAGCUUGGGAGCAGCAGCAAAUGCAGUUCUUCACACAUAAAGGGGCAUGAAGCAUUGCCUUACGACUGCUUCACGAGUACUACUGUUAAUAAGUGGCAGCCUUGGAGACUCGUGCAUAGUGAAGAGGGUACAAUGGUUUCCGAGUCCACGGCUGUGGCAUUCUACUUAAAGGAUUCUUUGUAUAAGUGUACUUCGUUUGUGUUUAAAUUAUCAUAAUCUGUCGGAUGUGUGGAUUUGGAACAUUGACCAUCCGUAUGGAGGUGCACUUGUUGUGUAUACAAAUUUUUUAAUGUAUUUUCCGCUGUACAAACACAGCCCUGUGAUAGCCUAAGGGCACCGCAAUUUGUAUAAAUAAAUUAUAUAUUAUGAAAACUCA